UGCGUGAUGUCUCACUCACAUCUGUCACUGGAGUGAGAGUGAGUUCAGUGAGUUGCGGCGAGGCGCCCAUGUAGCUAGGCCAUGUGGUUGGUGGGUGGCAAGCAUAAUCGAGACAGUUAUCACACGAAGCAUUUUCUACCAUAGUUGCCAGCAUUUCAGUUGGCUUUGGGCGACGCAGCGUGCACGUUUGUAGGCCGGCGAAACUUUGUCGCGGUCGGAAACUACGAGAUCGGACUACCAUCGUUUGGUGGAUGGUUCUUUGGACGAGGACUACACAAGAUCUUCUGGAACUGACAGUGAAUCGUUGAUGUCAAUUGCUGAGUUGCUGGGUCUGAACAUGCCUCGCGGGUCGUUGAUGGGAUCGGCGCCCGGAGCCACGGAAGGUGCCAACUCAGCUCCACAGGCCUUCAUGGGAGCUCCCAACAUGAGACAGUUCACGGGCGACGACAGCGGCUAUCCGACGAGUCACCCCGGCAGCCCACUGCCACUCGACAGGGACAUGUCCUCGCCAGGGAAUUCCGAAUUCCGGAUGCGUCGGAAUCGCGCGGCGUCCGUCACCUUCGCCCCGCCGUCGCCGUCGCCCGCUUCUUCGCCGCAGAGCCCAUUCUCACCUGGUUUUGUGGGGUCUCGCCCGUACAGAGUCGGGUCGCACACCCUCAGUGAUGGUGGCAGUCCUCUCGAGCAAGCAUUCCUGUUGGGUUCCUCUUCACGCUCCAACUCCCCCGAGUCUGAUACAAGUCUGAACAGUGACAAUGCGAACCUAUCUGAUCUCAUGAGCUGUUUGUACCUCCAUGCUCGCGCUCGCAGUGAUUCUGCCAUGUCUGCGGGCCUUCCUGGCAAUAGCAACGCAGAAGACCAACGUCAGCAGGAGCUGACCAACCUGACGAACCUCCAUGCACUUCAAAACCUAACUAAUAAUAAUCUGUCUCUGAACUUCUUUCAACAAAAUCAACAACCACAGCCCCAGUCUCCUUUGAGUUCUCCUUUGUCGUCACCAUUGGCAUCGCCUGACAGGGCUUGGAGCCCUUCGUGGAGCCCUAGCUCCCUCCCCAACUCGCUGCCCAAUUCACUGUCCAGCUCUCUGCCGGGGUCGCCCCUUUUCAUGUCCAGCCCGCUGCGGGGCGCCGCUCCCAGGACGCCCCCGUCGCCUGGGUCUACUCUCAAUGGCAGGGCUGGCUUGGACUCUGUUAACAAUGCAGGAUCCCGUGGCUUGCGCCGUGGCUUCGCCAACCCUCAACGUGAUGUCACGAGCACAUGGAGUGGCUUGUUACCUGCAAGAAAUCUGGAGAAUCCUACUUUUUCUGUCAAGGUCUUUCUUGGUGGCGUGCCUUGGGAUAUGAAUGACACUAUGCUGAUUCAUGGACUGAAACAGUUUGGAAUGGUUACUGUGGAGUGGCCCUCUGCUAGGCAGCCUGGUGUCCCUGCACCUAAAGGAUAUGCAUAUGUUAUAUUUGAAUCUGAGAAACAGGUCAAAGCAUUGCUUCAAGCCUGCUCCAAUGAUUUUGCCACUGGUGGUCAGAAUUGGUAUUUUAAACUGUCAUCUAAACGGAUGAAGUCUAAAGAAGUUCAAGUUAUUCCUUGGGCAUUGAGCGACACCAACUGGGUUCGCAGUAUCUCACAAAAAUUGGACCCUGAAAAGACUGUGUUUGUGGGUGGCUUGCACGGCAUGUUAAAUGCUGAGGGAUUGGCAGUAGUCAUGCAUGAUCUGUUUGACGGUGUUGUCUAUGCAGGUAUUGACACAGACAAAUUCAAGUACCCCAUUGGAUCAGCUCGUGUUACCUUCAACAACAACCGCUCCUUCAUGAAAGCUGUCAGUGCUCGCUUUGUUGUUGUCAAGUCUAACAAAUUCACCAAGAAAGUACAGGUGGAUCCUUAUCUGGAGGACUCUCCUUGUUCAUUGUGUGCAGUUCAGCAUGGACCCUAUUUCUGUAGAGAGAUUUGCUGCUUCCGCUAUUUCUGCCGUUCAUGCUGGCUCUGGCGCCAUUCUUAUGACCAUUCACUUAUGUCUCAUAAAUAUCUUACCCGCUCUUCAAAAUCGACCAAUGCUAUAGGUGGCUUUGCAGAUGGACUUACUAUGGGCAGCAUGUCCGUUGAUUUUAGAGGACCUGUCCGCCGUGACUUCAAUAGACUUGAUGGUCUGCAGUAAAGAUUUUAUUUAUCUUUUUAAUUUUAAGUUUUCAUUUUCCUACUUUAGGAAAGCUUUUGUAAAACAGACUAGAUUUUUUUUCCUUUGAACGUUAGUCUUUUCAAUGGUGCGUGUGUACUUACAACCUUACAUUCCCUGUAAUUCUGGAAAUGUUUUAAGUUGAUUUUUGUUUUCUUAAUUUGAUGAGCAGCUUCAUGUUGGUGUCAAACUGCAGUAUAUGGCAAGGUUGAUUUAUCUAUUUAUAGUUUUAACUAAAGUGAACAAAUUAUUAUUCUUAGAGAUGAGGCUUUUCUGAGCUUGUAUUAUCACCUUUUAUCUAAAGAAGCCUUUAGAGUAGUGACAUUAAUAUUCUGAAUACCCAGAAUAAUUUUAAGUCAGUGUCAAUAGUUUUAUGACUGUCCAACCAAGUUCUCCUUUUUUAAACAGCUCAUAUGGGGAACUUUUUGCAGCCUUGGACAAAACCUCUUAUGGUGGGUUUUCCUUGACUAAGCUGGUUUCUUAAAUAUAAUUUUACCAUGAUGAAGCUAUAAAUCAUUUAUAAUUAGUGGAAGAUUAUUUUCCAUUUUAAAGUGUGUUGUCAGUUUGGUACAAAAUGAAAAUUGAUUUGAUGAAGUUCUUUGGCCAACAGUGUGAAGCUCGCUUUGUUUUUAACGUACCUUGAUUAUUACUGUUUUUUUCCUUUUGUUAUUCUUUAAGGGAAGCAUCAAAUUCCUUAUGAUUGUAUCACUUUUCAUGCCUGGUUGUGGGGGAGGGAAAUCAUCUGCUGAAUGAAAUGUUUCAUGGUGUGGUGCUCCUCACCAAAAAUCUGUUUUGGUGAGAAAGUUAAUUAUUUUUUAUUGUUUAUUAUUUUAAAUGGAAGAGUUUUUGUUGAUUAAUUUCUUUAAUCAUGUUUUCAAAUUAUCAAUAGAUUUGGUUUUGGGGUUUUAUUUUUGUUUCCAUUGAAGCUGACCAGAAGCUUGAUUGAUUUCAGUUCAAUUUCUAGUUUUCGUCAUUAAUGCAAUAGGCAAUAAUCGGAAACUUUUUUUUUUUUUUAUUUGUCUGAAUCCACUUGAACUUUCUUGUGCUUGUCAAUUUUCAGAAUCUCACUUGAAGGUUUAGAACGUUGAUGAAAUUGGAUUGAACACGGUCUACGGCUCGUCUUGAGGAUUGUAUUAUUGAACAUUAAAUGUUUUAGUUCCUAAACUUUU